UUUGCUUGCAUUCCAUACAAAACAAGCUCACCCUCUCGGUUUCGGAUCCAUAUUUCGAAAACGAGUUGAACAAGAUCUGAUACAAUGGCUUUACUAUCCCCUUCACAGACUCUCUUUCUGGCAAGGCAGUCGACUUGCAAUCACAGCCCAGGUUCAAUGUCUACAAGACGGCUUGUUCCAGGUCCGGAAUGGAGGGCUGGCCAAAGUAGCUACGGCAUGAAGCAGAAGAGGCCUCUGACGGUGGUUGCAGCCUUCGGAGACGUAUCAGCUGAUGGAACGACCUACCUGUUCGCCGGUGCUGCCACCGUGGCUCUCCUUGGAACUGCCUUCCCAAUCCUCUUCUCCCGCAAGGACUUGUGCCCUGAUUGUGAUGGAGCAGGUUUCAUCCGCAAAUCUGGCGUGACUCUGAGAGCAAAUGCGGCAAGGAAGGACCAGGCUCAGAUCGUCUGUCCUCGUUGCAAUGGACUUGGCAAGCUCGACCAAAUUGACAAAUAAAUCCCUCUUUCUUAUACCUUUAGUGUGAUGUCUAUGGCUUCUAAUCCCAUCCCGUCAUGACAGUUCUCUAUAUUUUCAAUUGUACAAGAGCAACACGUAAUAUAGUUUGAAACAUGCCCAUCCUUCGAUAUAUGCCUUUCUCA